CCCCGUCUAGCGCUGACGUCAGACCGUCUGCCUGCCUCCGACCGCGGUCUCGGAGCGAAACCCGAUCUCCUUGGACUUGAAUGAGGAGGAGGCGGCGGCGGCGAAGGAGGCGCUCGGCUGGGGGAAGCCAGCAGCGGAGGCUCAGCCCCGGUGGCAGCGCGCGCCCCGGCUGCCAGCCCAUUUCCCGGACGCCACCCGCGGGCACUGUCGACGCUCCGGGGACUGCGGAGGGGCGGCCGGGGGUAGCAGGGGACCGCGGCCCCGCGCACUGAGUCCCGCGGCGCCCCGGAAACUUGGAGGCGUCCCGAGCCCGGCGAGCCGGGGCGCGCCUUCCCCGCCGCACGCCUCCUGCAUGCGGGGCCCGAGCACCGGGCGUCGGCCGGAGCCCCCCCCGGCCGCCCCCGCGCACCUCGCACCCCGCGCCGCGCCGCCACGCCGUCCAUGCACCGCUUGAUGGGGGUCAACAGCACCGCCACCGCCGCCGCCGCUGGGCAGCCCAAUGUCUCCUGCACGUGCAACUGCAAACGCUCUUUGUUCCAGAGCAUGGAGAUCACGGAGCUGGAGUUCGUGGAGAUCACCAUCAUCGUGGUGGUGGUGAUGGUGAUGGUGGUGGUGAUCACGUGCCUGCUCAGCCACUACAAGCUGUCCGCGCGCUCCUUCAUCGGCCGGCACAGCCAGGGCAGGAGGAGAGAAGACGCCCUGUCCUCAGAAGGAUGCCUCUGGCCCUCAGAGAGCACCGUGUCCGGCAGUGGAAUCCCAGAGCCUCAGGUCUACGCCCCACCGAGGCCCACGGACCGCCUGGCCGUGCCCCCCUUCGCCCAGCGGGACCGCGUCCACCGCUUCCAGCCCACCUACCCCUACCUGCAGCAUGAGAUCGACCUGCCGCCCACCAUCUCGCUGUCGGACGGGGAGGAGCCGCCGCCCUACCAGGGCCCCUGCACCCUCCAGCUGCGGGACCCCGAGCAGCAGCUGGAGCUCAACCGCGAGUCGGUGCGCGCACCCCCAAACAGGACCAUCUUCGACAGCGACCUGAUGGACAGCGCCAUGCUGGGCGGCCCCUGUCCCCCCAGCAGCAACUCGGGCAUCAGCGCCACGUGCUACGGGGGCGGCGGGCGCAUGGAGGGGCCGCCCCCCACCUACAGCGAGGUCAUCGGGCACUACCCCGGGUCCGCCGCCUUCCAGCAUCAGCAGAGCAGCGGGCCGGCCUCCCUGCUGGAGGGGGCCCGGCUCCACCCCGCGCACCUCGCGGCCCUGGAGAGCGCUGCCGCCUGGAGCCAAGAGGAGAAACAGAAGGGACACCCUCUCUAGGGUGCGGCCGCGGCCAGGGCAGUGGUGGGUGAAAAGGCAAACACUCCGCACUUCGAAGAGGAGAGAGGAGGCCGGGCGGACACGCGCCGCCGUCCCCUCCCCCUCCCUGUGUAUAAAUAGUCACAUGUCUGUCUGGUCCGGAUGCACAAGCUAAGAAAGCUUGCAAAACAACAAACACACACACAGAAACGAUGUUUCUUUGUUGAGCCCUGUCUUGAAGGCAAAAGAGAAGAAACAAUUCUACCCUAGUUUUUUCUGUUGCUAGUCGAGCUUCGUGAAGGCUUCCUUCCUUCCUUUCGUUUGUUUAUGACGAUUUCACUUAACUUUAAAAACAUAUUUGCACAAAACCUUUGUUUAAAGAUCUGCAAUAUUAUAUAUAAAAAUAUAUAUAAAGUAAGAGAAACUGUAUGUAUGAGGGCAGGAGUAUUUUUGUAUUAGAAGAGUCCUAUUAAAACACACACAGGCUGUUCUCUGAGCGAGAAGGGGAAGGGGCCACUCGGAGUGCCAGCUCGGAACGUGUGUCUUACCUUGUAAAGAAGCAAUGACAAAGCAGGGGUUUAGAGUUAUUUAUAUAAAUGUUGAGCUUUUGCACUAUUUUUUAAUAUAAAUAUGUCAGUGCUUGUUUGACGGAAACUUUUAUCACGUUUGUCGAGACUCUUAAGGGAGAGAUGCCGAGCUCGGCGGCGGGCAGACGGGCUCCGCCUGAGCGGAGAGGCUGGGACGGCGCGUCCGCAGCGGGCGCUGUGCUGGGGUAGGCUCUUCCCUCCUUACACAUUCCCGCCCGAAGGGGACACGCUUUCUCCUCGGGGUCAGAGCAGCCUUUGAAUCGCAUGAAAUAGAGGCACCGAGUUCCAGGCGGUGGCUUUGCUUCCCCAAAUGAAAUAAACUGUUACUGAAGGAAUUUAAGUUUUCCCUCCUAUUUUUUUUUUUAAUCAUGAAGGUCCCCAAAGGCAGGGGCGAAGGUGCUGCUAUUGACACGUCAAGGGGUGUAGACGGCAUGUUGUGCAGAAUUCGACGGUGGCUCCAGAGCUGGUCGGUUACGGUCAGUGCAGUCCACUGGCUACAGGAAAGGCCCAGCGUCUAGGGCUGUGCCUCGUCCCUGUCUCGCUCUCUACGUAGGAUUCCCCCUUACUGGGCCAAGCACGGAAGACCAGAGAUGAAGAAGCGACACUGCCAGACGUGCAGAAGGACCGUCAGCCUCUGCACCCCGCGCUCGAGGCUUUAGGCCGGGGCUGGGGGCGUCCUGUAAGACCCGGGAAAUCGUAGGGUCUGGCCCUGCCAAGGCAUUAGGGUGAGGGAGUUGCAUGUCUGACCGCACACAGCAGGCUGGUUCUAAGGUGGUAAUUUUGGAUGGCCCGCGAGUGAAAAAAGCUUCCCCACCCCUGCUUGGAAGCGGGUCCUCUGCCUUCUCUCCAUCCCCAUUCCUCCUGGGAACAGUCCUGUUCCGUGUGUGUCUUUCCCUGUGUUCCCAUCAGCAUCUUCCUCGGACACGACUCCUGUUUACCGGUGUUUUACCGAGCAGAUUUGGGUGUGGGGAGACCCCUCGUGGGUGUGCGUGGGCACACGUGCGUGCGAGUAGAGAUGAAUGGCAGGAAGUAGAGUGGGGUCCCUUGGCAUAUGCCGAGGACGGUGGCUGGAGCUGGAGCCCUUUCUCC